AUGGGUAGGUUAUGGCAUAGCUCAACAGUUAUAAAGAUGAGGUCAGUCGAGAUAUUUCUCCUUCUCAGCUGCUGCUGCUCGUGGUUCUUUUUCGGCGUAAACAGUUCAAUAGAUAAAGAUGCCUGGUUACGUCCUGGCUGCCAUAAAGUGGGGAAUACGCGAAAGAUAUCCAUUCCCGAUUGCGUGGAGUUUACCAUCACGACGAAUGCGUGCCGUGGAUUCUGCGAAUCAUACUCCGUGCCCUCUGUCCGGGCGGGAGCCACGCUUACAGGUCUAUUUAAACAACCUAAGCCAGUGGUUAGUGUUGGGCAAUGUUGCAACAUUAUGAAGUCAGAAGAGAUACAACGUCGAGUUUUGUGCAUAGAUGGCAUUCGCACCGUUACAUUCAAAAGCGCUGUAUCAUGCAGCUGCUAUCACUGCAAAAAAGACUAGAUAAGAGAGAAAGGCAAACAAUUAACUUAAA